AUGGCUGAUCCUCCUUCUUCCCAUGAUGAGCUCACUAAAAUCAACAUCAAACUUGAACAACUCCUCCUCUCUCAAGCCAACCUUUCCAACACACUCCACGAUAUUGCCAACCGAACCACCAUCCUGGAAAACCAAUCCCCAUUGCCCCACUCUUCCUCUUCCACCACCCGUCCCUUAAAAUUUGACCUCCCCACCUUCAAUGGCUUCGAUGCUCUAGGCUGGAUCUUUAAGGUCAACCAGUUUUUUGAUUAUCACCACACCCCACCCGAUCAACGCAUCCAAAUCGCCUCCUUUUACUUGGAAGGCCAAGCCUUAGCCUGCUUUCAAUGGAUGUUUAACAAUGGGUUGUUGUCAUCAUGGGAGGCAUUUCUUCAAGCACUGGAGUUGCGCUUUGCUCCCUCUAAGUUCGAUGAUCCCAUUGCAGCUCUCUGCAAGCUUACCCAGACACAGAGUUUGCACGAAUACCUCUCGGAGUUCGAAACCUUGGCCAACCGCAUCUCUGACUACCCCCCUAAUUUCUACUUAAGCUGCUUCCUCUCGGGUUUGAAACCCCCUCUCCGCCGUGAGGUCACAGCCCUUCAGCCACCGGAUCUACCCCAUGCUAUAGCUUUAGCCAAACUACAUGAAGACAAAUUUCGCCCAUCCAUCCCUCCUCUCAACUGUUUUGGUCGUACACCCACCCCCCCACCACCAUUGUCACUUUCUCCAUCUAUCCCACCUAAACCACUUCCUCCGCUGUUGCCUACACCCACCAACAAAAUUCCCAUUAAACGCCUCACCGAGGCAGAGAUGCAGGUUCGCAGAGAUAAGAAUCUAUGUUUCAACUGUGAUGAGCGUUACACGAGAGGCCAUCAGUGCAAGCCCCAAUUUCUUCUUCUCACCACAUUCGAUUCUGAGAAUCCAGAUGAUUGCCUCCUCUCCGAGGAUUCCACGCUAACAGAGGAGUCUCCUUCCGAGGCUGGACUCAUCAGUCUCCAUGCUUUCUCGGGUCACUGGACCCCCAGAACUUUUCGGGUCACUGGGUCUAUCCAGGGUUAUGCGGUUCAGAUCUUAGUUGAUACUGGGGCAACCCAUAAUUUCAUCCAACACAGGGUGGCCCAAUUUCUUCACUUACCAACUCAGCCCACUCCUAGCCCAUUACGUGUAAUGGUUGGUAAUGGUGAGUUUCUACCUUGCUCUUCAUUUUGCCCCAAUGUUACUCUCACUUUGGAUAAUCAAGAAUUUUCUAUUGACUUGUACCCACUGAAAUUAUCUGGCACCGAUGUUGUACUUGGUGUUCAUUGGCUUUCCAUGAUCAGCCCUUUUGUAAUGGACUACAAUGGUCCGCUUAUGAGGUUUAAUUGGCAACAGAAGCUUGUGGAACUUAAAGGGGAUCCUGGCCCAAACCCUUCACCCAUCUCAGCCCACCAACUCCGCCGCUUGCACAACACAGAUCGGGUUGAAGCACUUUUUCAACUCACCUUGGAGUCACACCCAAUUCCAGUACCCUCUUCUUCCAACCCCUCUACUACAGAAACUACACUUCCUUCUUCACCAGAACCCACAUUACAAGCUCUAAUUUCCAGAUAUUCCACCCUAUUCUCCACUCCUACAUCCCUCCCACCCACUCGUCCUACAGACCAUUCCAUCACACUAUCCCCAAAUACUCAACCCAUUUCAGUUAGGCCAUACCGCUAUCCCCAUUUUUAG